AUGGCUCCCCACGCGAACGGCGCCGCCCCUCACUCCAACGGCAACGCCUCGCCGUACCACGCCUCGUCCACCGACAGCGCGAUCAAGUCCGAGAACGAGUACGCCGCCCACAACUACCACCCUCUCCCCGUCGUCUUCUCCCGCGCCAGCGGCGUCCACGUCUGGGACCCCGAGGGCAAGCAGUACCUCGACUUCCUCUCCGCCUACAGCGCCGUCAACCAGGGCCACUGCCACCCCGAGCUCGUCAAGGCCCUGACCGACCAGGCCAGCCGCUUGACCCUCAGUUCCCGCGCCUUCUACAACGAUGUCUUCCCCAAGUGGGCCGAGAAGAUCCGCGACGUCUUCGGCUACGACAUGGUCCUGCCCAUGAACACGGGUGCUGAGGCUGUCGAGACGGCCAUCAAGAUCGCGCGCAAGUGGGCGUACAAGGUCAAGGGCGUCGAGCAGGGCAAGGCGCUGGUGUUUUCCGUCAACGACAACUUCCACGGCCGGACGAUGACUGCCAUCUCCCUCUCUGUCGACCCCGAGUCGAGAGACAACUACGGACCCUACGUCCCCAACAUCGGCGCCGUGAACCCCUCCACCGGUAAGCCGAUCCGCUACAACAACGUCGCCGACAUUGAGGAGGUCUUCGAGGCCCACGGCAAGGACACGGCGGCCAUCAUCAUCGAGCCGAUACAGGGUGAGGCCGGCGUCGUUGUCCCGGACGACGACUACCUGCGCAAGGUCUCGGAGCUGUGCAAGAAGCACAACGUCCUCUUCAUCUGCGACGAGAUCCAGACCGGUAUCGGCCGGACGGGCCGCAUGCUCUGCUCCCAAUGGGCCGAGAUCAAGCCCGACAUGGUGACCCUCGGCAAGGCCAUCUCCGGCGGUCUGUACCCCGUCAGCUGCGUCCUGUCGAGCAAGGAAAUCAUGCUCGUCGUGGAGCCCGGCACCCACGGCUCGACGUACGGCGGCAACCCGCUCGGCUGCGCCGUCUCGAUCCGCGCGCUGGAGAUCAUGGAGGAGGAGGACCUCACUGCCAAGGCCGAGAAGCUGGGCAACGUCUUCAGAGACGGCAUCAGGGCCUUCAACUCGCCCAUCAUCGAGCUGGUGCGCGGCAAGGGCCUGCUCAACGCCGUCGUGAUUGACGAGUCCAAGACCGACGGUCGCACAGCGUGGGAUCUGUGCCUGCUGUUGAAGGAGAAGGGCCUGUUGGCCAAGCCCACCCACGGAAACAUCAUCCGUUUUGCGCCGCCCUUGGUCAUCUCCGAGACGGAGCUCCGCAAGGCGCUCAACAUCAUCGGCGAGGCUCUCAAGGAGCUGCCUACCGUCGAGAAGGCGGCGCACCACUGA